UUAGCUCACUAACUCUUCCUGGUUAUGUCUCUGCUGCUUUGGAGUCUUGUAAGAAAUCUCCCCUUUGGAGAUCUGCUCUCUUCCAGCAUGCUGAGUCUAAUUGAACUCACUGGGGAUGUUUUUCGUGUGACUGAUCUAACUGAUCAACUGUGGUCAAGUGUUGUGUUGGGUGACUUGUAAGGUACUGAGGACACAGUCAAGUGAGCAUCCCUAAUUUCGCUGAUUUACUGCUGACAAUCGCUCACAAUGGAAUCUAAUCAAAAAUCUGGGGAUGGACUGACAGGCAUGCAGAAAGAGGCCUCGCUGCGUGCGCUCAUUCAGCGCACAGGAUACCAAUUACUGCAGGAGAAUGGUCAGAGGAGGUACGGCGGGCCCCCUCCAGGCUGGGAAGGCCCUCCCCCAGAGAGGGGCAGUGAGAUCUUUGUGGGGAAGCUGCCAAGAGACCUCUUUGAGGAUGAGCUGGUCCCCCACUGUGAGAAAUUUGGGAAAAUCUUUGAGGUUCGGAUGAUGAUGGACUUCAACGGCAAUAAUAGAGGAUAUGCCUUCGUUACCUUUUACAACAAAAAUGAAGCCAAGACCGCCAUGAAACAGCUCAAUAACUAUGAAAUCAGGAACGGAAGGCUCCUGGGAGUGUGUGCCAGUGUGGACAACUGUCGUCUGUUUGUGGGGGGCAUCCCCAAAUCCAAGAAGAGAGAGGAGAUCCUGAUGGAGAUGAAGAAAGUAACAGAUGGGGUGUUGGAGGUAAUUGUUUACCCCAGUGCUGCGGACAAGACCAAGAACAGGGGCUUCGCCUUUGUGGAGUACGACAGUCACCGCGCUGCAGCCAUGGCCAGGAGGAAACUACUGCCAGGGAGGAUCCUGCUGUGGGGGCACGCCAUCGCCGUGGACUGGGCGGAGCCUGAAGUGGAAGUGGACGAGGACACCAUGGCAACGGUGAAGAUUCUCUACGUGAGGAACUUAAUGCUGGCCACUACAGAAGAGACCAUCGAGAAGGAGUUCAACAGUAUCAAACCAGGUGCUGUAGAGAGAGUGAAGAAGAUCAGAGACUAUGCCUUUGUCCAUUUCACCCAGAGAGAGGACGCGAUAAGCGCCAUGGACGCACUGAAUGGAAAGCUGGUGGAUGGCUCUCCCGUGGAGGUGACCCUGGCUAAGCCGGUGGAUAAGGACAACUAUGUGCGCUACACCCGGGGUACAGGUGGCCGCGGUGGGGCCGUGCUCCAGGGGGAGUACACCUACACACUGGGCCAGGUGUAUGACCCCUCAGCAGCCUACCUGGGUGCCCCCGUGUUCUACGCCCCCCAGAUAUAUGCUGCUAUUCCUAAUCAGUUCCGCUUCCCCAUUGCCAAGGGGCUUGUGGGGGGCCGUGGCCUGGUGCGCACGCCCUCAGUCAGAGAAAUUUACAUGAAUGUACCUGUAGGGGCAGCGGGCAUACGCGGGAUGGGUGGUCGCGGAUACCUCGCCUACGCAGGUUUAGGCCGAGGCUGUGCCAACUACCAGCUAAAGACAGACAAGCACCCCGAGGACAAGCUCUUUGACCUGCUGCCAGGCAUGGAACUCACACCCAUGAACCCUGUGAAGCCUCCCGGUAUCAAACACACACCACAGAUCUUGGAGGAUGUGUGUCAGAAGAACAACUGGGGGCAGCCAGUUUAUCAGCUUCACUCUGCCAUCGGACCUGAUCAAAGCCAACUGUUCCUCUACAAAGUCACCAUUCCGGCUCUGUCCACCCAAUACCCUAAUGUGCAUCCGUUCACCCCAGCCAAGCUGUGUACAUCUGUGGAUGAGGCCAAGGUUCAUGCUGCGGAGCACGCCCUGCAUACCCUGGGUCUGCAGACAGAAGGAGCUGAGGCCUCCGCUGCAGCCGUUGCUGCAUUCCCAGGUUACACAAUAGCGAACACCUCAGCCUCAGUAGCUGCCUCCCAGCUCAAACAGGCCGUCUCCCUGCACCAGGACAUGGCAGCAUACACUACCUACGAAGGCUAUCCCGCCUUCACCGUGGCAACCCGUGGAGACGGUUAUGGAGUGUUCUAGGGCCAUCCUGGAACGUCAUCCCAUUUACCAGCAUUCAUUCGUAGUUCAGACUAUAUAAAACUACACUGAACAAAAAUAUAAAUUCAACAUGUAAAAGAUCCCAGAAAUGUUUCAUACGCACAACGUGUUGACA